UUUAAAACCUGCAGCAACAUAUAACUGUCUAGUUUUCUUGCAGUGAGGCUUGCAGUGUUGAAGGAGGAUGGCAGACACUUACGUGCGACAUGUGGAGCUUUUGGGCUUUGAGAAAAGAUUCUAUCCAAGCCAGCAUUAUGUUUACAUGAUCUUGGUGAAAUGGAGCGACCAGUCAGAAAAAUUAAUUUACAGAAGAUAUCCAGAAAUCCACAUAUUCCAUAAAACUCUGAAAGAGAUGUUUCCAAUCGAGGCAGGAGAUAUUGAUGCUAAAGACAGAAUCAUUCCUUCUUUACCAGCUCCAAAAUGGCUGGACUCCCAGAGGACAACAGAGACAAGGCAAGGAACUUUGGCUGAAUACUGUCGUUCUCUGCUUAACUUGCCACCAAAAAUCUCCCGUUGUCAGCUUGUGCGAAGCUUCUUCAAAGUACGGCCAGAAGAUGAGACCCCACCAGCUCCACAUCCAUUCAAACGAAAUGAGACAUACGUAAUGACCAGGGAUAGAGUGAGGACCACCACCUCUGAAAUCACUGGGCCUAUUAUGCUGGACAGCUACAGGGUGAUUGCAAAUUACAGCAAGAGUUCAAAAUAUGAGCUCAACCUGAAGGCAGGAGACUUGGUUGAUAUUGUGGAGAAGAGCCCUAAUGGCUGGUGGUUCUGCCAACAUGAGACACAAAGAGGGUGGGCUCCAGCAGCUUAUCUAGAACCACUUGAUGGACCUGAUGAGAGUGAGGAGCCUGAGCCCAACUAUGCAGGAGAGCUGUAUAAAACCUCUAAAGCCUACAAAGCAGUGGAGGAUGAUGAACUAACUCUGGAGGUUGGAGAAACCAUUGAGGUCAUCCAUAAGCUUCUGGAUGGCUGGUGGGUGGUCAGGAAAGGAGAGGAAACAGGCUACUACCCAUCAAUGUUCCUGUGCAGAACAGGACAAAAGAAGGAGGUGGAGGCUGAGAAGGCUGUUGUGAGGAGGGAGACCCCACCACCCAGGAGAUCAACUAUACGCAAUGCUCAGAGUAUCCACACCAAGGGCCGCCAGCGAAUCAGCCAAGAUACCUACCGUCGCCAGAGUCGCCGGUUCUUACAGCAGAGAGGAAGACUCCCAUCCCAGCCAAGGAAGAACUCCAGAGCCGCUCUGGCAGAAAAGAAUGGUGAUACAGGUACAUGUUUUAUGUAGAUGAGAACCUGCCAUCAUGCAGCGUAAUCUGAUACUGUAUGACAUGAUGUUAUCUAUAAACAGUUGCAAAAGUACAGAAGCUUCAAGAUAGCUACUACCAGAAUCAGUUUAUGGGAAGCCUGGCCACUUCUCUUUCUUCCCAUACUCAAAACAUGACUGCUAAAUGCUAAAGGGCCCACAAGUAAGUCCCUAAGGAAUGGAGGUGAAAGGACCUAAACAGCUAAAUAUGAAAAAUGAGAAAUUUGUGCAGGAACAUCCUUUAAUCCGGUAACACAGAAGGAUGUAUUGCCUUUAAAAGUGAAACAAAUAGUAACGUUGAGUCUUUCAGUUUUUUUACAGCCAAACUACUUGAUUCUGACUAGUUAGUGAGCUGAAAAGCAGUUUGUAUUCACAUUGAGUUGAAAAAUAUUCAAACAUGUACAAAAAGAUAAACCAUUUCUAAAUCAUCUGGGACUCUCAGGAGUGACGAAAGCACUUCUCCUUACCAGAAAUUAGCUGGCUGCUACAGUGUUAGCAGUGUCAUUGGCCAUUUUUAAUAUUUGUAUGUCACACAGUGCAAAAAAGCAUGAGUGUAUAGUUGAGAUCACUUUAACAAUCCGAUACAGUUUCAGGCAGUUUGCUACUGUAGGUUCCCAUUACUUGUUAGCAACAUUAGCUUCAGAGCUCUAGUAAAAAUCUUUGCACAUUCAGACACCAAACAUUUCUUGGCCAAUACAUUUAAGGUAAGGGAGAAAUUUGAUAUUUUGGCCAGUGCUUCACUUUGUUAAGGCAC